GGGGGCGGCCGCCGGGCCUGGCGGCGGGGAGCCGAGCGGGCCGCCAUGGACGACAAGGCGUUCACCAAGGAGCUGGACCAGUGGGUGGAGCAGCUGAACGAGUGCAAGCAGCUCAACGAGAACCAAGUGCGGACGCUGUGCGAGAAGGCUAAGGAGAUCCUGACGAAGGAGUCAAACGUGCAGGAAGUGCGGUGUCCCGUAACAGUCUGUGGCGAUGUGCACGGCCAGUUCCAUGACCUUAUGGAGCUCUUUAGGAUUGGCGGGAAGGCCCCAGACACGAACUACCUAUUCAUGGGUGACUACGUAGACAGAGGCUACUACUCUGUGGAGACCGUGACUCUCCUUGUGGCCUUGAAGGUGCGUUAUCCAGAGCGCAUUACCAUAUUGCGAGGAAAUCAUGAAAGUCGACAAAUUACCCAAGUAUAUGGCUUUUAUGAUGAGUGUCUUCGGAAGUAUGGAAAUGCCAAUGUGUGGAAAUACUUUACAGAUCUAUUUGAUUAUCUUCCACUUACAGCUUUAGUAGAUGGACAGAUUUUCUGCCUCCAUGGAGGACUCUCUCCAUCCAUAGAUACACUGGAUCAUAUAAGAGCCCUGGACCGUUUACAAGAAGUGCCACAUGAGGGUCCAAUGUGUGAUCUCCUAUGGUCAGAUCCAGAUGAUCGUGGUGGAUGGGGUAUCUCACCACGUGGUGCAGGCUACACUUUUGGACAGGAUAUUUCAGAAACAUUUAACCAUGCCAAUGGUCUCACGCUGGUUUCUCGUGCUCACCAGCUCGUCAUGGAGGGAUACAAUUGGUGUCAUGAUCGAAAUGUGGUUACCAUUUUUAGUGCACCUAAUUACUGUUAUCGUUGUGGGAACCAGGCUGCUAUCAUGGAAUUAGAUGACACUUUAAAGUACUCUUUUCUUCAGUUUGACCCAGCGCCUCGUCGUGGAGAGCCUCAUGUUACCCGGCGGACCCCAGACUACUUCCUGUAAACUCCUCCCAGGAACACCUUUCUUUACGUCAUGGACCAAACCGUGCCAUACUAAGAAUGAACAUUCAGCACAACCUGAGACUGAAAUUUCGUCCACUGCUCUAGAGGGUCAGUGUAACAGUUUGCCUGCUCUGUUUACUGUAACGCCAUCUUCUCAACUGUUUAAGCAAAGAAGGUAACUCACGGCUUCACCUCCUUUUGUGCUUACUUGGAAAUUUUAGUUAUGGUGUUGAACAGGCAUGGAUUAACAGAGAUGAGUUUAUUUAAGAAAAAUUCACAAACUGAUUUUCACAUAAUUUUCCUUUAUUUUAUCAAAAUGUAUAGCUGAAAAAGAGAUUUUUCUUGGGAGUAUGUUGUCAUAGCAUUAAAGAGAUUUCCCUUCAUUUAAACUAAAGUGCUGUUUCAUGUUGAUCUGCAUAUUUCCAUAUAUUUGUCAUGACAGUGCUUGCAUCCUGUUUGGUGUCUGAGCAAAUAAACUUUCCCUUUUAAACAAAAACACAAAAAAAUUAA